AUGGCAGCUUUGUUCAGGUGGGACAUGGAGGACCUGGACGGCUCCUGGUCGGUGCCCCUGCAGGCGGCAGCGGUCAACGCGAGCCGGAAGGAGGCCGCGAGGCCCGGCGUGUCUGCGCAGACCCAGCUGCUGCUUGAGAUCCUCAUGGUGCUCAUGUGUGUUGGAGCUGUAACAGGUAAUAUUCUUGUCAUUGUUAUUGUGGCUGCAACCAAGACUCUCCACUCGGUGGCGUCAGUGCUGAUCAUGAACCUGGCCAUCAGUGACCUCCUAGUGGGCGUAGGAGUGAUGCCGUUUGUUGCUUUGUCCAUCAUGAACCAUGGAUGGGGAGACUGUAAAGACCUCUGUCAGUAUGUGGGUUACACCUCCUCUGUGUACUGCACAGCUUCUGUUCUGACAUUAGCAGCCAUUGCCCUGGACCGCUACCACUCCAUCAUGGACUGCCUGCGCUACAGCUCGCGUUGCACCGUGUGGCGGAUCUGCGCUGUGGUCCUGUGGAUCUGGCUGCAGGCUCUGGUCACCAGUUGUCCUCCGCUGCUGGGCUGGAGUUCUGUCAGCUAUGUGGUUCCCAUGUUCAGCUGUGCAGUCAACUGGAAGAGCAGUCCCAGCUACACUGCCUUCAUGGCCGCUCUGUCCUACCUCAUCCCAGCUGUGGUCAUCCUCUUCUGCUACGUGAACAUCGUCAAGGUGGCACGCAGUCAUGCCAGGAGGAUUCACACCCUGGAGGACUCUGUGCAGCGCAGCAGGAACUCAAGCUCUGCUUUUUCUGGGGACUCAUCUCACCAGCACUGUGGGAGUCUUCAUGGCCCCUCCAGACUCAUUUAUCAUGUGAGUGGACAGUUUGUUUCUGAGGUCAGUAGAGAAGAAGGGACCUAUAUUAGCCCUGAUGCUACCACAGAGCAGAAUAACCCUUCAUCAAGACGUUUGUUCUCCUUCCUGGCUCAAAGCACCUCGCAGCCCCCACUGCAGAACUCACAGCAGAACCAAAACCAGCAUGGAGUGGUUCGUCUCUUCCUGGUCAUCGCAGCCUUCUUCCUCUGCUGGACACCUUAUAUAGGCGUGGCCCUGGUUCAGGCCACAGAAACUGCAAUCUCAGGCCAGUCCAGCCUCGUCCCCCCCUCUGCCAUCACCUUUUCUUACUGGCUGGUGCUGCUGAACUCUGACAUUAACCCUCUGCUGUACGCUCUGCUCAGCAAACGUUUCCAGGGUGCUCUUCAGGGACUGAGGCAAAAAAUAAGAGCACGAUGGGGAAGUGUGGUGGGCUGGGGGGAGGGAGUCAGGGCAGAGGGGGAUGACGGCAGGAGCAGCGACCUCUGCACUCUGUCCACCACUCAUCCCGGCCCACCUUCCAGCUCUGGUGAUGACUCCAAUUAUUCUUCUGUUUUCACUGUCAGCACUGACUUCAAACAUAACUCUGAAGAGCAUCUAUGCAAAGUGUGUCACCGUGAAAAUACCCUUCCUUCCUGCUCUGUGUGGCAAGGUGCUGGUGGGGAAGGGAGGGUGGACUGCCUACAGGUCCCCUCUCGGCCACAAGAGGGCAGCAGAUUACCUUACUCUGCUCUGACCAAGGAGCGGCAGGCCACUUUCUUCUAUGGACAGAUUACAGUCAGAGUAGAGCAUGAUGUUUGCUAG